AUGGAUUCUCAAGACGGAAUCACUGUUCGCCCCAUGAGGCUGAAGGUCUUAUACACAUUCGACAACGAGAAUAAGACGAAUUGCCUGGCACGCUGGCCGAAUGUCCUCGACAUACAAACUGCCUAUCUGGAUGAGCAAACCCCGGUCGGCGUGAUCGAAUUGAAGACAUGUAUCCAGGCGAUCGUUUCAGCGAGUCCCGAAUUGGUAGCUCAAUUAGGAAAAGAUUAUACCGUUUACGCUUACGACUACUCCGAAUACGAAACUCCUCUCGUCGGACAGGGAAUGCUAUCAUGGGUCCUCGCUUCUGCCUCGCCAACACCGGACGCUCCGGCUCACCAGUCCAAGACUAUGGUCACUGGUCGUGUGUGCAAAAAUCCGCAAGGUCUUUUCUCGAGGGGUGCCGGUGCUCAGGAGACAUUGGAGGUGAAAUUACGACUAGUUCCUGUGCCAACUGUCAUGCAAAGCGAAUAUCUUGAUAGUAUGCAAAAAUACAGGGAGCUGAGCAAUGUCAUUCCCCACGACUUUGAUGCCCAAACAUGGAGCAACUUCGUCCGCCAAAAUCCCGCUCUGCUAGAAGCUGCUCGACAGAACGACCAAAAUUCUUCCCCGGUGACCCAAUCUGGGAUUGAGCGAUUCCACCAGCUCUUGAGUGAAGGUGCUACUCCACGCGAGUUCUCCAAUUACCACAGUGAAUCCGUUCGAUCAUCGUCGCCUACACAUUCAUUCGGUCCUCCUAGUCGGAUGUCAACACCCGCUGGAUCCCGCCCCUCAGCCCAGCACCAGCAGUCUCAAUCGAAACACAACUUUGGUCAGAGUGAUAUGAUACGCCCUUCAUCCAGUGCCUCUAUGCAGGACAUUGACUUCCAACAUCAAAGUUUCAGCGGCCGGCCCAGACGGGAUUCUAUGCAGUCUGGUUAUGGAAGUGGUGCCGAUGAUGUCGCAGAGCCACAGCCUCGGAAGAGAGCCAAGCUUGUCCAAGCGGGCUGGCCUGGCAAGUCUGAUAUGAAUAUCGAGCGGCAACCCAGCUCGUUGCGUGUCAUGGCCAGCACUGCUGCCUCGGUCCGAAUCCAUCGCCCUACCCCAGUCAACCCUGCUCUUGCUGUGGAGCAGUCUCAUGAGGAGCCUGUUCGCCCACCUACCCCCAUCUCCCGACCUGGAGAUAUGCAGCGUCGGGGCCGACUCCAAUCCAGCUUGCUUCGAGAAUCCUCGACCAACAGUGUCUCCUCAUACGCUUCACCAUAUUACAACAGCGAUGAUAUAGUCGCAACGGACCAGAGUGCGCAAUCUCCAGAUGAUUCACGCUACCAGGGUCUUUUUGAGCCUGGGUUCAAUAUGCCAUCGUCCCCUCCCAUUUUGGAUGGUCACCGGUUCGCGCAAAGGUCCAGUCCCGUCCUUCCUGCUAUGUCCCUGGACACUGAUUCGGGCUUCCUGAGUGGUGGUUUCGAUGAUCUCCUGGAUGACGGGGCUCCUACCCCUGUAGAGGAGGGACAAAGGAUUGAGUCGCGCGAAGUCCCCUCUGAGAAGCGUUCUCGCCCUGUUCGAUCUGCAGUCCAAGCCAACUCUCCUGCUAGUGCCAUCGGUCUCAUGUCAGAAAACGCUAAUGAUUCAAUUGUGAUGAACGAUGGCUUGGCAGAGCAGAGCUGCAGUAAGCCACCCACCCGUCCGACCACAUCCGCUGAGUCGAGGCCGUCUUCGCGUGCUGGCGUUCGACUUGCUCCGAAACCGCUAGCACCAGCACCAAUUUCGCAUACUGAGCUUGUGCACUUGAUGAAUGCCAUCCCUGCCAGCGAUCCAAUUGCUCCUAGUCAGCCGCCUUCCCUUCAUCACUCACAUACCUGGAAUGGCCCGAUGAGUGAUUUCACUUUCGUCGAGACUCCAAGGCCUCCGACUGCAAUUAGCAAGCCUCGCAGUGGAACAGGUGCCAAACGAUCGAAGCAAGUGCAGGUCCGCUUAGAGCAGGCUGUCAAAGCCGGUGAAGUUCCUCCUUACUGCGAGAACUGUGGCUCUGUGGAAACCCCGACGUGGCGUCGAGCCUGGUCGAUGGAGGUUUGCGGCAGUGAACAACUCGCAACUGAGAUGAUGAAUGGCCUCAACAUGUUAUUCUGGGAAGUUCAGGAACGGAAUGACCAGGGCGAGGUUACCCGAUUCAAGAUCGUGAAGAAGAGUCUAGCCAAUGCGGACAAGGGUUGGACACAGGACCUGCUUUGUAACCCCUGUGGUUUGUGGCUUCACAAGUUCAAGCAAAUGCGUCCCGAGAACAAGUGGAACAAGCAACCUGCAGAUAAGACCGGCAGCAACACGAAAAAGCGUUCCUCAAGGAAUCGCAAGCAGAGUGGUGGCCCGCUUUCUAAGCCUAGUACCCGGGCUCGCAGUAAUGGCCCGCCUACUUCCACUGCAGCAUCUUCUCCGGCUCCUACCGAGGCCUCCUCCGUACAAAAUGAAGAAGGCACCACUCCUCAAGCGGUCAAUGAUCGGGACUAUUCAGGCGACCACCCCAACAAGAAGCGUCGGGCGAACAGUGCAGAGCCCCUACAAUCUUCGGAAACUGCCAAGCAGCGCUGGGCUGACCAGGAUGCUGUGGAGGCUCUCCGCCGAGCCAUUCAGUCUAGUCCAGCUAGGAACCUGGAGAAGCGAAUUGCUCCUACGCCUGAGGAUACUACUCACCUUACUCCUAAGCCUGUGCGACGAGCCCUUUUCCCUUCUUCUCACAAUGAUGGCGCGUUGAAAGACUUGGAUGCCUCCUUUGUCAACAGCUGUUCUCCCCGACGCAGCCCCCGCAUCGCUUCUCGUGGAGAAAAAGCGGCCCACGAGGAUAAGGAGAAUUCGGAGCCUACCCCUCAUGAUGAUAUUGAUGGCCUCUUCGAGAGUCCUUCCAUGGACUUCGAUAUGCCAAUCAGCCCUACCCCUCGCCGCCGCAACCACCGCAUCAACGCAGUGCACGAGCGCCGUCACUCAUUGCCCGGCCACUCGCCUACUGCUAACCGGCGCAAGGAGAUUCGUUCAAACAUGAACCAGAGCCCGACCCGUCUAACUGCGGAGCGCCUGCAACGUAUCCAGGAGGGCCACGGGCGGACCACUCCCCGCCAGCAUCGUUCACCUAACAAGCAUGGUGGGCCCACGCUUGUAAACGCGGGUCUUCACUCGGAAGCUUUCCAAUCCCUCGAUGGCAUGAUUCUCGAUAUCUUCGAUGAGGCUCCUGACCAAUCUGACUUUGACUUGGAGGACGCCAAGUUAGAUGAGAACUGGGCUGACUGGCUCCCUAACGACUACGUCUCUCCUUCUGGCUCGGAAGAGGGCCCCGGUCCUUCGGGGGACCUAAUGAAUGCAAUCCUCUCCGACUCGACCGUCAUGAAAGACAACAUGCACGACUCUCAAUACCACCUUUUCAACUUCGGUGACUCGGAGAUGCCCGAUUCGGGCUUCUUCAGCUCCGAUGCUCUCAACACAGACCCCAUAGGUCGAGCAUCAAAAAGCCAGCCUGCCAGCGAGCAGAGUCACGGCCAACAGGCAACCUCCCCUACAGCGUGA